ACUCUCGCGAUCUCAGACUGCAAUGUUUACUUCCGGUGCCUUGCAAAUAAAUGGCAGACAUCUAGAUAGACAGCCAGCAUGCAGAAUUUACUGCAGUUUAUGAAACUUAUAGGACAGUUAAAGAGAGUACCCCGGACAGGGUGGGUGUAUAGGAAUGUGGAGAAACCAGAGAGUGUAUCUGAUCACAUGUACAGGAUGGCUGUGAUGGCCUUUUCAAUUGGUGAUACAAAGCUCAACAAAGACAGAUGUAUAAAACUGGCUCUGGUUCAUGAUAUGGCAGAAUGUGUUGUUGGUGAUAUAGCACCAGCAGAUAAUAUCAGCAAAAAUGAAAAACACAGAAGAGAAGAAGAAGCAAUGAAACAUUUGACUGGGCUGCUAAGUGAAGAUGUACAAAAAGAGAUUUAUGAGUUAUGGGAGGAAUAUGAGUAUCAAUCCAGCCCAGAGGCCAAGCUAGUGAAGGAACUUGACCAGUUUGAAAUGAUUCUUCAAGCAUAUGAAUAUGAGGACCUGGAGAAGAAGCCAGGGCGACUGCAAGAGUUUUUUGAUUCCACAAAAGGGAGGUUUCAUCACCCAGAAGUUGUCCAGCUAGUCAAAAGUUUAAAUGAAGAAAGAAAUUCCCAAAUGUCUGCUGCAGGCAGCAGUUCUGAGGGUUCCCUACCACAGGCAAUACAGUCAUAGCUGCCCAAAGAAACAUGAGAAACAUUCAUUUGUUAAAUAAAUAUGUACUUUUUUUUUACUCAUGCUAUAUAUAUUUUUAAGGCACAUUAAAGGGAUUGUGCCUCAAAGGGGGAUGAAACAAAUUGCAUGGAUUGUGUUGUUGUUUGCAGUCAUACAGUAUGAUCAUUAUCAACCUUUUGAUGGCCAACUAAGAUGCAAUCAGGUGCAAGUCAGGUUUUGUAUAAAAACAAAGCACAGUGAAUUUCUGUUUAGCAUGGUGUUAAAUAGUUUUAACAUUUUACACAAACCAAAAUAUUUCUUGACUUCAUAUUUAAAAAGCUGUAUUGCAUAGUAAUAAUGUGUCACUUAGGUCAAAAAAAGGAGAUGUAAAGGCAGUAGAAUUUCCCUUCAUUUUUUCUGUUGGUCAAAAUAAAAUGAUGUAUGUAA